CGGCCGCAGCACCGACGACAGAGAAAGGAGAGGGCCGCUGGAGGACCGAAACACCGCGAUGGGUAAGAAAACUCGGCUCACAGGAGGCACGGUCGGUCGUAGAACCAUCCUACAGCUUUCACCUCCCGGGCUCCGCGGUGGGAACGCCGGUGAGAGGGACGAAGCACUGUCGGGAUCUGAUGAUGAGCAAGAGGGCGAUGGACAGAAAUUCGUGAGAGAAAUCCGCACAAACAUGAAGCACCCUGCAGUAAAAGCCACAGUGGGCUUGUCUUUGCUGGGCGCCUAUGAAGACAGUGAUGAAGAGGAUGCUGGAGACUCUCAGCGUUUACCUGGAAAUGCUCAACACAACCAGUCAGCUGACAUCGACAGUACACUGGCCAGUUUUAUGGCUGAAAUUGAUGCAAUCACCACUCAACCAAGUUCAGAAGAUCCAGCUUCUCAUCCUUCAGUCCCAACUCCGACCCCCCCUAGACCUGACGAUACUCAGCCGCCAGCUGCCAAUGAGGACCAGAAUCAACAAAGCACAGAUUUCGAAUACAACACUCAGUACUCACUGGCUGGAGUGGGUGUAGAGAUGGGAGACUGGCAGGAGGUUUGGGAUGACAACUCUGGCUGCUACUAUUACUGGAACACUCUGACCAACGAGGUGUCAUGGGAGCUGCCGCACUAUCUGGCUGAUCAGGUUCAAAGCCUGGAGCAAUCCGCCAACAGCUCUAGUGUCAAUGGAAAUGGCACAGCACAUGCAGAAUAUCAUACUGAGGAAAAGUCCACAUCUGCUGCAGCGCCAACAUCAGCCAAAGAGACACAAGCCAAGGAGGUCAUUGAGAGUGUUGUAGGCCUGACAAGUGAAGAGGAGGAGCGCCAUGGAGUAGCUGCAUCUCUGCUUGGUCCUUUGAUUCCCCCUGAAGUGAAAGAAGCUGAAGAAAAAUGGAGAAAAAGACUGAUUAAAGGCCUGGAUGACACUGAGAACAGUUUGGAUUCUGAAGGCGAAGGUGUCCCCUCUGCAGGAUCCCCUUCUACCCCUCUGCAGGACCCUAACUCAGUUCCCACUGCCUCAAAGGACAUUGACGCGAAGAAGCCCUCGAGAGAAAACUCAGAUGCUGAGGAGGAGACAGAAGAAGACACAGUGGAGCUGGAACUGGCCCUGGAGCGGAAAAAGGCUGAGCUCCGGGCACUGGAGGAGGGUGAUGGAAGCGCAGGGGGCUCCAGUCCUUGUUCUGAGACAAGCCAAGAUGCCUCUGGUGCUCGUGGUGUUCUACUGAAGAAAAACCGGUGGAAGACUGCCUUCCCCUGUGCUGCAAGCCCCGACUCUAACAGCAGAGGCUCAGAGCUGCAGGACAGCACAGAGACGGCCCUUUCAAAAGUCCUGGACAGUGUUGCAGAAGUAGAGGACAAAGAAGCAGACGAUUCUGAUGAGAAGACGGGUUCAAAACCUCCAGUUAAGGAAGAACUGGAAACCCCUGAGCUCAAAGUGGAAACACCUGAACUCAGGUUUCAGAUCGGAGAGCUGGCUAACACCUUAACCAGCAAGAUGGAGUUCCUUGGGAUAAAUAAGAAGACAAUCUCAAACUUUCAGUUGCUUCUGCUACAAACGGAGACUCGAAUUGCUGACUGGAGGGAAGGCGCUCUGAACGGGGUCUAUCUUCGCCGCAGGCUGCAGGAAGCUGCUGAACACAUAAAACAUUAUGAACUUAACGCCGCCCCUAAAGGCUGGUCCUGCCACUGGGACAGAGAGCACAGGCGAUAUUUCUAUGUGAACAACCGGACCAAUGCCUCCCAGUGGGAUUUCCCAACAGAAGAGGAGAAGGAUGAUGACCUGAAAGGAGCCCAGACACAGACGUCUAGCCAAGGGGAAACCAAAACAUCCUCUGCCUCCCCUGGAGGAAUCACAGCACCUUCGAGUUACACCGCUCCUGCCCCGCCUGCCCCUCCCCAGCCCAGUGCUUCAUCUUUCUGGCCCCCAUCUCAGCCUCCUCUUCCUGACAGCCCACCUCCACCCUCCCAUUACCCGCCACCUCCGCCUCUCCCCCCAGACUCCCCACCUCCACCCCCUCCCCCACCUGACAGUGAUGGAGAGAUCAUGGAGGUGGAGAUGGAUGUGGAUGAUGACAAUGAUGGGGAGCCCCCAGCCCCAGGGACAGAGGAAGACGGCAGUGGGAGGCCGCCGUUACCCCCAGGCACUGCUAGCAUGAAGAUUGUGGAAUCAUCGGGUUCAUUGGGGAAGGGUCAGAAACGUAAAGCCAGUCAGUUGAAUAAAACCAUCACUAUUGGAAGCAGCCCCAUUCUCUACACCCAGCCUGCUGUCAGUGCAGCUCCCCUCAUGUCAGCUGCCACAUACUGGGGUGUGCCGGCCGCCACUGUCCCUUUGGUCCCCUGUGAACCUCCUGCUCCACCUCUCCCCGCCCUGCCUCCUCAGCCACCUCUGCCACCACCACAGCCGCCUUGUGAGCCUCCUGGAGUCAAAGCUCUGCCCCCUGACAAGACCAAGAAAACCAAGAAGGAUAAGUCAAAGAAGAGUAAGAUCAAAAUGCCUUCUCUGGUGAAGAAGUGGCAGAGCAUCCAGAAAGAGUUGGAUGAAGAAGAAAAGAGCAGCUCAAGCGACGAGGACAGAGACCAGCUUAACAAGAAGACCAUUGAGGACUGGAAGCAACAGCAGUUCAUGACCGGAAAAGCUUCAAAAAAUGCAAACUUUGAGGCACUUCCUGAUGACUGGAGGCAGCGGCUGAAGAAGCGUAAGACGACGAAUAGCACGUAACCUCUGUCCUGGGUCAUACAUCGCCCAAUAAGCAGUUUUUAAAAUCCACUCCCAGUCAUUACCAUCCUUCCUCAGCUCAAGUUUCAUCCAAGGAACUAUGGACUAAACUGUUUUCUGUGUAAAUGAUUAGGAAAUUUAGGGAAAUUUUCGUGGCAGCCCAUUUACUAAAAGGGUUUGAAUGUCCUUUUCUUGUUUUUGUUGUCACUAUUGUAAAUGUGCCAAAAGUCUUGAAUUUGUCUGAAAUACUUGUAUAAGGAUGACCACCACACUUUUGGGAGGGGUUAUCUAUUUUAUUGAGCAUUUUUUUACAAUUGUGUACAUAAAAUGUAUGAGGGGACAAGCCAUUUUUUGGAAAGGGGAGGGGGACGUCACUGAAAUUGUAUAUUUUGUAAAAAGUUAUUAAACAGUUUUUCAAAUCCA